UCCCUGUCUCUCUCUAAAUUAAGCAUCAUCUUACUUCUGCAAUCUCUCUCUCUCUCUCGGAAAACCUUCUCUCUUAUCCGAUAUCAUUCAUUUCUCUCUCUAAAAAAAGCCUCCACUCUCAUCCGAUAUCAUCCAUUUCUGAGAAAUCCAUCAAGUUUUCUUUCCUGUAAAACCUUCCAUCUCUCUUCAACUGUUUCCUGCGAAUAUGAUCAGGUGCCUUACGCUCUCAAACCCACCUCUCUCUCCUCCGUUCUCUUCUCUCACAGAGAACUCUCGAAAGAUGAGUGUAACAGUGUGCGUUUAUCAGAGAAGCGAAAUACCGAAGCUAGAGUCUUUCAGCCGAAGCCGAAUCGAUAGGGGGCUUAAAGAGCCUUCUUUUCUUCAAAAAUCAGAGAAUGCCAUUGCAGAUUACUGCUCAACGGUUGAUGGAGACGAAUCUUACGGCUGUUGGAGAGCUUACUUUGAACUUAAGGAGCUCGAGGCAGAGACCCCAAGAGAGCAAGUAGAGUCGUUGAUUCGCCAAACUGAUGGAGUAAAAUCCUUGAUAAGCUUGUUGCAUGCGGUGGCGUCCAUGAUCAAGAAGACGAAAGAGAAAGUCUUAGAAAAGCCCCCACCCAGUGAGCAGCAGUUAACAGAGAGGCCAUUUCCAGUUCCUGAUGGCUUGCCCAAGACAAAAGAAGAGUUAGAAGAGGAAGAGAGGGCUCUCAUGCCGGAUUCUCCAUUCACCAGACUUCUCAGAAGCAAGGGCAGGUCCCCCGCUUGGUACUCCCACCUCCCUGACCAUGAAACCGAUUGAUUGACUCUCUCUUCCUCUCUCUCUCACUAUGAAUAUCUGGGUUGUUUCUUUGGUGGUUUCUGAUAACAUAUUCUCUGUUUCCUCCUUAGUUUUGUGAUGAUUUUUCACCAGGGACUUGGUCAGUCUUUGAGUUGUAGUCAGUCUUUACUUUGUAAUGGUUUAUUAAAAUGUAUUGGAAUAUCUUUCGACUGUAUAUCAUCUUGUAUUAUUAUAGUUUUCGUUUGAGAAGGUACAGAUCUCUCAGAUGUCUGUGUUGGGGAUUGUUCUAAUAUAUGCCAGCUGGUCUCUCUUGUUACUUUA